UUUUAUGUAUAUCUUCUGCCACCGAUGGAAGCUCCCCGCUUGCCACCGCUGGCCAGUGUCGCCACCCUCGUCCAUUUCCUUUAGCAGCAUGAUAGAACGGUGGCGUUUUGCGGUCUCUUCUGCCACCGUCUUGCUAGUUUAAAGUAUGUCAAAACUACACAAAACAGCGGUAGGCCCCAAGUUCCCCGAUUUCUCCUCUGCAAAAACCCCUCUGAAACACCAGAUAGCUCCUCCGCCACCGGCAGUGGCGGAGGUGGACGUGACCUCCAUAACCAACCUCGUUCUCAAGGCAAACCCAGAAAUUUUAACUCAAAAGCUGCCCACUCUUGUGCAAUGGACCCCUGAGCUUGUCCACACGAUUCUCAAACGCCUCUGGAACCAUGGCCCGAAAGCUCUCCAGUUCUUCAAAGCCCUCGACUCCCAUCUCUCUUACACCCACUCCGCCACCGCAUUUGACUACGCCAUCGACAUUGCUGCCAGAAUGCGGGAUUACAAGACCCUAUGGGCCCUUGUGGCCCAAAUGCGGGCUAGAAAGCUCGGUCCCUGCCCGAAAACCUUCGCCAUCAUCCUCGAAAGGUAUGUGGCUUCUGGCAAAGCUGAUAAGGCGGUUGACGUUUUCUUGUCAAUGCAUAAACAUGGUUGUCCUCAGGAUUUGACUUCGUUCAAUUCUUUUCUUGAUGUGCUCUGUAAGGCGAAGCGGGCUGAAAUAGCCUAUAAUCUGUUUAAGGUGUUUAGGAGGAAGUUUAGAGUUGAUAUGAUUAGUUAUAACAUUCUCGCUAAUGGGUAUUGUAUAAUGAAGCGAACGCCAAAGGCAUUGGAAAUUUUGAAGGAAAUGGUGGAGAGAGGAUUGGAGCCAAAUGUGAUGACUUAUAAUAUAAUUCUUAAAGGUUUCUUUAGAGCAGGGCAAACGAAGGAAGCUUGGGAGUUUUUCUUGCAAAUGAAGAGGAGAAAAUGUGAGAUUGAUGUGGUGACUUAUACUACUAUGGUUCACGGUUUUGGUGUUGCAGGUGAGGUUGAGAGGUCCCGUAAGCUGUUUGAUGAGAUGGUUGGAGCUGGAGUGCUUCCCUCAGUAGCAACUUACAAUGCUCUGAUUCAAGUUUUAUGUAAGAAAGACAAUGUGGAAAAUGCAAUUUUGGUGUUUGAUGAGAUGUUGCGGAAGGGCUAUUUACCUAACGUCACUACUUAUAAUGUGCUCAUUAGAGGUUUGUGUCAUGUCGGUAAAAUGGACAGGGCAGUUGAGUAUAUGGACAAGAUGAAAGAAGAUGAGUGUGAGCCUAAUGUUCAGACAUACAAUCUUGUAAUUCGAUAUUAUUGUGAUGAUGGAGAAUUUGAGAAGGCCUUCGAAUUGUUUGAGAAAAUGGGUAGUGGGCAUUGCUUACCUAACUUAGAUACUUAUAACAUCUUGAUCAGUGCAAUGUUUGUCAGAAAGAAAUCAGAUGAUUUGGUGGUGGCAGGAAAGUUGUUGAUAGAAAUGAUUGACAGAGGAUUUCUGCCUCAAAGGUUUACUUUCAACCGCAUUCUGAAUGGCCUUUUGCUUACAGGUAAUCAAGAAUUUGCUAGAGAGAUUUUACGACUGCAAAGCAGAUCUGGCCGGGUUCCUCGUCAUUUCAGACUAUGAUUGUGUUGCAUUACCUCAGGCAAAGAGAGGAAGUAUUCAGUAAAUGAUGGAAUUGUGCCAUCGAAAGGAAAGGCAUGGUGGAACUUUUGCAAACCUUGUGAUGAUUGUUUCUGCCUUAGCUUUUAGCUGAAGAGUUGAAGAUGGAAGUGAAACUAUGGCUUUCCAGAUUGCCACCAUAUUGCUCAGCUUUGCUUAGGUAGGUGAAAACCUGGAAGAGGCUGUUUUAAGUGUGAUGCUUCAAGUAUCUUGCGCUCAAGAAAGUUGAUUUCAGUAGCUGGUGGAUUGCAAAGUCAAUUGCAAGAGAGAGUAUACAGCAAGUGAUAAGAACGAUAUUGUCCGGUGAUUCAUGCAGGGGCCUGGUGCAGUUGUUGAAGGAGAUGCUACGAGAUCCCCUCUGGUGUCUGAAACCUGCUGGGCAUAAUUCAAGUUGAAUUGGGCUGUUGGAUUUUGCUUCAGGGGCUGUAGUGAUCUACAUUUAGUGGUCAAAUGCAUACUAUUUCUUUGAAUCCGACUGUUAAUAUCUAGGGAUCAUCUUGCAUUCUUAAACUGCAUACUCCUGUAUUUCUCAUAACUGAACCAUAGAUGAAGGGUGUACUAGAGAUCGUCAAACCGUGAACAACAUAGUGCAGAUAUCCUAUCCUACAUGUAGGACUUUCAAGGUAGCUAGUGAGGAUCUCAAUGUGAAGUUAGUAAUGAAUGUGAAACAUUUUCCGAGUCAUUGGAGAGUAAUACAGGACAUGAGCUUAUCCA